CGGAGCGAGCGCCGGAUGUGACGUUUCCGGAAGCUCCGAGUGUCAUCUGCGGGGAAAGAUGCUGCAUCCCGUUUUUGGAAUUGCUCAACCCGUUGGUAGCCGGCGCCGCUUCCUGGCCUCGGGAGGUGGUUCCUUUCUUAACCCACAAGAACCUCUCCCAAGAGAACUUAGUCCUGAUGUCUGACCAUGGAGAUGUAAGCCUCCCGCCCGAAGACCGGGUGAGGGCUCUCUCCCAGCUGGGUAGUGCGGUAGAGGUGAAUGAAGAUAUUCCACCCCGUCGGUACUUCCGCUCUGGAGUUGAGAUUAUCCGAAUGGCAUCCAUUUACUCUGAGGAAGGCAACAUUGAACAUGCCUUCAUCCUCUAUAACAAGUAUAUCACGCUGUUUAUUGAGAAACUACCAAAGCAUCGAGAUUACAAAUCUGCUGUUAUUCCUGAAAAGAAAGACACAGUAAAGAAAUUAAAGGAGAUUGCAUUUCCUAAAGCAGAGGAGCUGAAGGCAGAGCUGUUAAAACGAUAUACCAAAGAAUAUACAGAAUAUAAUGAAGAAAAGAAGAAGGAAGCAGAGAAAUUGGCCCGGAACAUGGCCAUCCAGCAAGAGCUGGAAAAGGAAAAGCAGAGGGUAGCACAACAGAAGCAGCAGCAAUUGGAACAGGAACAAUUCCAUGCCUUCGAGGAGAUGAUCCGGAACCAGGAGCUAGAAAAAGAGCGACUGAAAAUUGUACAGGAGUUUGGGAAGGUGGACCCUGGCCUAGGUGGCCCUCUAGUGCCUGGCUUGGAGAAGCCCUCCUUAGAUGUGUUCCCCACCUCACCUGUCUCAUCCACACAGCCUUCAGACUGUCACACAACUGUAAGGCCAGCGAAGCCACCUGUGGUGGACAGGUCCUUGAAACCUGGAGCACUGAGCAACUCAGAAAGUAUUCCUACAAUCGAUGGAUUGCGCCAUGUGGUGGUGCCCGGGCGGCUGUGCCCCCAGUUUCUACAGUUAGCCAGUGCCAACACUGCCCGGGGAGUGGAGACAUGUGGAAUUCUCUGUGGAAAACUGAUGAGGAAUGAAUUUACCAUUACCCAUGUUCUCAUUCCCAAGCAAAGUGCUGGGUCUGAUUACUGCAACACAGAGAACGAAGAAGAACUUUUCCUCAUACAGGAUCAGCAGGGCCUCAUCACACUGGGCUGGAUUCAUACUCACCCCACGCAGACCGCGUUUCUCUCCAGUGUCGACCUACACACUCACUGCUCUUACCAGAUGAUGUUGCCAGAGUCGAUAGCCAUUGUUUGCUCCCCCAAGUUCCAGGAAACUGGAUUCUUUAAACUAACUGACCAUGGACUAGAGGAGAUUUCUUCCUGCCGCCAGAAAGGAUUUCAUCCACACAGCAAGGAUCCACCUCUGUUUUGUAGCUGCAGCCAUGUGACUGUUGUGGACAGAGCAGUGACCAUCACAGAUCUUCGAUGAGCGUUUGAGUCCAACACUUUCUAAGAACAACAAAACCAUAUCAAUGUACUAUGGCCCCUUAAUUUAAGCUUUCUAGAAAGCUUUGGAAGUUUCUGUAGACAGAAUAGAAAGGGGCCAUCACCUGAGAAAGAGUUGAUUUUGCAUUUCAGGUUUGAAAAGAAAUAACUGAACAUAUUUUUUAGGCAAGUCAGAAAGAGAACAUGAUCACCCGAAAGCAACUGUAACUCAGAAAUUAACUGUAAAGAAUGGUAUAAUGAACCCCCAUAUACCCUUCCUUCUGGAUUGACCAAUUGUUAACAUUUUUUUCCUUUCAGCUAUCCAUCUAAUUUCUCUCCCAAUUUGUUUUUAUUUACCUCUGGGCUCAAUAAGGGCAUCUAUGCAGAACUUUGGAAGCCAUUUAGAAAAUCUUUUGGAUUUUCCUGUGGUUUAUGGCAAUAUUAAUGGAGCUUAUUACCUUGGUGAGGGAUAGUUCACUCCAUCUGACCAGAUGGUGAGGCUAACAUAUCCCGAAGAGUGAUUUUGUCAGGAAUUAUUGUUAUUUAACAAAUAUUUCAGGAUAUUUUUCCUCUACAAUAAAAUAACAAUUAACUUA